UCUGAUACUUGGGCCUUACAAGAGGAAUCAUGACUGGAUGUGUACAAAGCUUUUUUCUCCUGGUGGCUGCCAUCCUUUCCUAUGCUGAGGAUACCUGCCCAGAUGUGAAAAUCAUUGGGGUAGGAGCUUCAGACAAGCUGACUAUUCUGCAAGGAUGUCCUGGAAUCCCAGGAGUACCAGGAUUACAAGGACCUACUGGACCUGCAGGAACUAAAGGAGAGAAGGGAUCACCUGGGAUUCCUGGUAAGAUGGGACCCACUGGGAUAAAAGGAGAAAUGGGAAAGCCAGGAAAUAAUGGACAAAAAGGUGACAAGGGAGACCAAGGUAUUCCAGCACCAGGAACUGCACAAAACUGUAAGGAAUGGCUUGAUCAGGGAGGUACCAUCAGUGGCUGGUACACUAUAUACACCCCUAAUGGGCUUCCUCUGCCUGUGCUCUGUGAUAUGGAAACUGAUGGAGGAGGAUGGAUAGUAUUUCAGAGACGCAAGGACGGUUCUGUCGAUUUUUUCAGUGGUUGGAAUUCUUACAAGAAAGGUUUUGGCCAUCAAGAUGGCGAGUUUUGGUUGGGGAAUGAGAAUCUCCAUCUCCUUACAGCCACAGGGAAUUUCCAGCUUCGAAUUGAUCUGACUGAUUUUGAUGACAAACACACACACGCCACAUACAGCAACUUCCAUAUCGAUGGGGAGUCUCAGAGCUACACCCUGAGUCUGGGGAGUUUCACAGGAGGAGAUGCAGGUGACUCCUUGUCUGGUCACAAAAAUAAAGGAUUCAGUACAAAGGACAGAGACAAUGACUCUCACGCCACUGCCAGCUGCUCAAACAUGUACCAAGGAGCCUGGUGGUACAACAGCUGCCAUUUUUCCAACCUGAAUGGACUUUACCUGCGUGGUAACCACACUAGCUACGCCAAUGGUGUUAACUGGAGCACAGGCAGGGGGUAUCAUCACUCAUACAAAGUGUCCACAAUGAAGUUUCGCCCACAGCCUUAACCGGGGAAAUAGCAAUGAUUGUGGGACCAAUUUAAGGGCAAUUGUUCGCCUGGAAAACUUCAGCUUCAGUCAGCCACAGAUAUAUUUGUUAAAUUAUUUACAGUAUUUAAAAAAAUAUUUAAGCACAGGACUGUACCAUCUAGGCUCUUAGGACAUGAGAAGCUCCAGCAGCCUUAUCUAUUAGGGCUAAAGCCAUUUGGUAAGUGGAGGGAGAACAGCCCAAGUAGGGCUAAAGGAGGGGUGGUUUCUACUAAAGCUAAUUCCAAAGGAUCCAGCCUUGAAUUAAAAUAUUCCUAAUGUUUGAAACUGGAACACAAAUGCCUGUCAUUAUGAUAGUGUUUAUAUGAUACCAUAUAACCCUAAUACACUAGUUAUUAAUAAACUUUUUUUCAAAGACCAA